AUGGCUACUUCCUCUCCACCACCACCACCACCCCAUGCAGUAAUUUUCCCUUUCAUGGCUCAAGGCCACACCAUUCCAUUGCUAGACAUAUCCAAGGCCUUGUCAAGCCGUGGCCUGAAAGUCACCGUCGUCACCACCCUGCAAAACGCACCGUUUAUAAGCUCCAAAGUUUCAGACUGCUCGUCAAUCUCCAUCUCCGUCGUGCCAUUUCCAAGCGUCCCUGACCUCCCUCGAGGCUGCGAGAACACCGCCAGCCUUCCUUCCAUGGAGCUCCUCGUUCCUUUCAUCGCAGCCACCAAAAACAUGAAACAGCCAUUCGAAUCUCUUCUGAAGGAGAUGGUGGGAAAUGGUUCCCGCCCAAUUUGCGUAAUCUCUGACUUCUUUCUCAGUUGGACGCUCGACACGUGUCGCUCUUUCGACAUUCCACGUGUUGUGUCGCAUGGGAUGGGGUUGCUGCCCAUGGUUGUUCUUAAAACCGUUUCUUCCAUGGAUGUCCAACGUGAACCGACGUCGGUUUCGGGUUCUGUAGUAGAGUUGCCCGAUUUGAGUCUUCCGUUCACAUUGGAUAGAUCCGACUUACAGCCCCGGAGCAAUGACCCGGAGGAUGACCCGUUUUCACGUAUGAUAUGGGAGGUUGAAGAGGCCGAUAGGAAUAGCUGGGGUGUGAUUGUGAAUAGCUUUCAGGAGCUUGAAUGCGAGUACGUGGCUGCAUUGGAAGCUUUGCACAAGCAGGCCAAGUGGCUGGAUGAGCAAGACGGAUCCAGUGCGGUGAUCUACGCGUCUUUCGGUACACAAGCACGGUUGUCGGGGGAUCAGAUGGACGAGAUCGCUUAUGGGCUGGAGAUGGCAGGAUGUCGGUUCAUUUGGGCCAUCCGAUCGGGGACCUGGGCUUCGGAUGAAGGAUGGGAGAGAAGGGUGGAAGGGAUGGGGUUGGUUGUAUGUGAUUGGGUGGACCAGCGGAGUAUCCUAGCACACCCAAAGGUGGCAGGGUUUUUGAGCCAUUGUGGGUGGAACUCGGUGCUGGAGAGCUUGUCAAUGGGGGUCCCUCUAUUGGCCUGGCCAAUGGGAGCAGAGCAACCACUGAAUGCCCAGUAUGUUGCAAUAGGAUUGAAAGCAGGGUUAAUGGUUUCACAAGGGCAGACCACUGCCCUUGACCGAUAUGUGAUUUGUGAUGGAAUAGAGGAGUUGAUGGGAGGUGAGAAGGGGAGGAGGGCUAGGGAGAGGGCAGGACUAUUUGGGACCAUGGCAAGGCAUGCCGUGGAGAAAGGCGGAUCGUCGGAUAAGAAAUUGGAUGAAUUGAUCAAAUGCCUUAUUGCCAACAAAAAGAAAUAA